AUGGGUUUCCACAAAUCAUCCAUGGACAUUGAGCUCAAAAACGGCCAUGUCCUCACUGCAUACUGCCGUCGUCCCUCGGGUGAAGCCACGUACUCGGAGCUGAAUCUGGAUGAUUUCUUGGGAGCAAAGAAAGGUAAAUUCGCAUGGAGCGCUGAAGGCUUCUCCGAUCACGCGGCCGAUAUCAACCUCAAGUUGGAGGGCCCAACCCACGAGCCCAUGCUCCAUGCUGCACUGGACGACGAAGAAGGUGGUCAGCAUUUUGACGUUGUGAACCUGGGGGACUGUAUCAAGAAUGAGAAUGGACGACUCCGCUUCAUGGAUUGUUUUUAA